CCCGGGCCGCGGCUGGGCCUUCCGGACGUCUUAGGCCGGACCGCGUCUCCGGGCGCCUCGGAGCCUGCGAGCGGGAGCGUGGGGAGCCCGCGCGUGGCCCACGCUUCCCGUGGGGCGACGUGGUCGCUGAGGGCUUCGGUUCCGCGCAGGGAAGCGAGCCACCAUGUACAACCCGCAGCUCCAGCAGCAGCAGUUGCAGCAGCAACAAUUGCUGCAGAUCCAGCAGCUGCUGCAGCAGUCCCCGCCACAGGCCCCCUUGCCCAUGGCCGUUGGCCGGGGCCUCCCCCAGGUGCAGCCCGCGCAGCCGCAGCUUGUGGGUGUCCAGGGCAACGGCUCUGCCUCCCUCCUCAGUGGUCCCCUGCUACAGAGGGCUUUGCUACUGCAGCAGCUGCAAGGACUGGACCAGUUUGCAGUGCCAGCAGCCACGUACGACAGCACCUGUCUCACCAUGCCCACGGCAGCACUGGGGAACCUGCGUGGAUACGGAGGUGUGACCACCCCGAACCUGGGAGCCCCCAGCCUCUCGCCCACACAGCUGGCCACCCAAAACCUGCAGCAGUUGUUCCCCCAAGCCACACGCCAGUCGCUACUGGGGCCCCCUCCCAUCGGACUCCCCAUGAACACUCCUCAGCUCAGCCUCUCAGGGCGGACCCCCCAGAAGCAAGCCCGGACCCCCUUUUCCACUAUUCCCAGUCGCAAGGACUCCUCUUCUCAGACGAUGUCGGUGGAAAACAGACCAGACCCCGCCGAGGGGUCUGAGGAAGCUGCAGAGGCCCCGUUGGACAUGUGUGAAGGCCGAGAUUCGCUCCCCUGCCCGGAUACCAUCUCCAGGGAGAAGCGCUCACUGGUGCCUGACCCUGAGCCUCGUGAGCCAUCAGAGCCAGCAGCCAAGAGGUCCAAAAGCUUGGAGGAGCCCACAGAGCCAGGGCCUCCAGGACAGCUGAAAGCCAAGGUCCAGCCACAGGCCCGAAUGACGGCCCUAAAGCAAACACAGACUCCUGAGCUGCUGCCUGAGCCAGUGGAAGCCCGGGGGCCACCACACUUCCAGCCCCAGGGGGCUCUGGUGAACCCCGGGGGACAGCCAAGGCUGCAGAAGCAGGCCCAGACACAGACCUCACCAGAGCACGUGGUGCCACAGCCGAAGCAGCCACUUCCAGAGCCCCAGAAGGGCACAGAGCCACAGUCCUCAGUACAGCCACCCAAGGAAGCAGAGCCACAGAAGCAGGUGCAGGCCUCGGCAUGCUCACCGCCCCCCAGGCAGGUGGAGCUGCCGCUGCUGAAGCAGGCCCAGACACAGACAUGUCCGCAGGUACUCAGCCAAGCACAGCCACGGCCCCAGCCGCGUGAGCAACCUUCGGGGCAGACCCAGACUCAGCCAGAGGGGUCGGUGCCAGCCUUGGAGCAAGCACCACUCUCGGCCUGUGCCACAUUGCUGGAGAUGCUGCCUGAGAUGGUAGAUGCCAGGGGAGAUAUGGAGGAGCCCCCGUCAGAGCCAGCAGGUGCUCAGGACGAAGUGGAAGAGAGCCAGCAGGAGCCGGCCUGCGGCCUGGACAUGGGAGAGUGCGAGAGAAGAGCAAGGGAGAUGCUAGGGACGUGGGGCACCGGGGGCUCCCUGAAGGUCACCAUCCUACAGAGCAGUGACAGCCGGGCCUUCAGCACCACGCCACUCCUGCCUGGGCCGCGUGCUGCUGGUGACACCUCCACUGCCCCCGUGGCCACCAGCACGCCCGCCAAGCCCGGCCUACAGUUCUUCUGCUACAUCUGCAAGGCCAGCUGCAGCAGCCAGCAGGACUUCCAGGACCACAUGGCAGGAGCUCCACACCAGCAGCGGCUUGGGGAUAUGCAGCACGCCAGUCAAGCCUGCCUCCUGUCCCUGCUGCCUGUGCCCCGGAACAUCCUCGAGAGAGAGGAGGAAGAGCCCCCGCCCCGACGCUGGUGCCACACCUGCCAGGUCUACUACUUCGGGGACCUGAUCCAGCACCGCAGGACGCAGGACCACAAGAUUGCCAAGCAGUCACUGCGCCCCUUCUGCACGGCUUGCAACCGCUACUUCAGGACCCCCCGCAAGUUUGUGGAACAUGUGAAGUCCCAGGGCCACAAGGACAAAGCCAAGGAGCUGAAGUCCCUGGAGAAGGAGCUAGCCGGCCAGGACGAGGACCACUUCAUCACUGUCGAUGCUGUGGGCUGCUUCGAGGGAGAUGAGGAGGAGGAGGAGGACGAAGACGAAGAAGAGGACAUUGAGGUGGAGGAGGAAUUCUGCAAGCAGGUGAGGUCCAGAGACAUCUCCAUAGAGGAGUGGAAGGACUCAGACACCUACAACCCCAACACAGCUUAUGGCGUGGACUUUCUGGUGCCAGUGAUGGGUUACGUGUGCCGCAUCUGCCACAAGUUCUACCACAGCAACUCGGGGGCGCAGCUCUCCCACUGCAAGUCCAAGGCUCACUUCGACAACCUGCAGAAAUACAAGGCGACGAAGAACCCCAGCCCCACCAGCCGGCCCAUGAGCCGCCGCUGUGCCAUCAACGCUCGCAACGCCUUGACGGCCCUGUUCACCACUGGCGGCCGCCAGCCGGUCCAGCCCAGCACCCAGGAUGUGGCCAAAACCCCCAGCAAGGUGACCGCUCAGCCUCCCCAGCCCCCACCUCGGCGCUCCAGCCGUCUGAAGUCCUGAUAGAGGAUGAACCCCGUGGGAUAGAGACUUUGGGCAUGGUUGGCGUCUUUACUCAAAGUCCAAUAAAAGGCAGUUUGUUCA